AUGGAGCCCCUAAUCCCCGUUAUUACCAAGCUACAAGAGGUCUUCAGUGUGGUGGGCAGGGAGAUCAUCCAGCUCCCACAGAUUGUGAUCUUUGGCUCUCAGAGCAGUGGAAAGAGCUCGCUUCUGGAAAGCAUUGUGGGUCGGGACUUCCUUCCAAAGGGUUCUGGAAUCAUGACUCGCAGGCCCCUGAUCCUUCAGCUGGUGCACGUAGCCUCCCUGGAGGAGCGGCAGGCAACAUCCCCGGAGACAUAUAUCCAAGCAGAGGAAUGGGCCACUUUCCUGCACAACAAACAUAAGAUAUUUACAGAUUUUCACGAAAUCCCAAAGGAAAUUUCUAAUGAGACAGAGCGGAUCACCGGGACUAAUAAGGCCAUCAGUCUUGCCCCAAUGUACAUGACGAUCUGUUCCUCUAAAGUCCUCAAUUUGACUCUGGUUGACUUGCCUGGAUUGACCAAGGUUCCUGUGGGGGACCAACCCCCCGACAUCGAGAUGCUGGUCAGAGACCUGAACCUGUCCUACAUCAUUAACCCCAGCUGCCUCAUCCUGGCUGUCACUGCUGCCAACACAGACAUGUCCACUUCAGAAUCCUUGAAACUUGCCCGGGAGGUGGAUCCUGAUGGACGCAGAACCUUGGCAGUGAUCACUAAGCUGGACCUCAUGGAUGCUGGGACGGACGCGAUGGAUGUGCUGACGGGCCGAGUCGUCCCCGUGAAGCUGGGCAUUAUUGGGGUGGUGAAUCGGAACCAACAUGAUCUCCACACCCACAAAAGCAUCAGUGAGGUUCUGUGUGAUGAGCAGGUCUUCUUGCAGAAGAAAUACCCGUCCCUGGCCAGCCAGAAUGGAACACCCUUUCUUGCCAAGACACUGAACAGGCUUUUCAUGCACCACAUCCGAGACUGCCUGCCUGAACUAAAGACCCGUGUGAAUGUGCUGACAGCCCAGUACCAGUCAAUGCUGCAAAGCUAUGGGCAGCCUGUUCAAGACCAGAACGCCACUCUGCUGCAGAUCAUCACCAAGUUUGCCACCGAAUACUGCAACACCAUUGAAGGAACAGCAAAGAACAUCGAGACCUCAGAACUCUGUGGGGGUGCUCGCAUAUGCUACAUCUUUCACGAGACCUUCUGCCGGACUCUGGAAUCCAUCGAUCCCCUGGCUGGACUCACCAUCCUGGACAUCUUGACCGCCAUCCGAAAUGCCACGGGCCCUCGGCCAGCGCUCUUCAUCCCAGAGGUCUCCUUUGAGCUGCUAGUGAAGAGACAGAUUAAGAGGCUGGAGGAGCCUAGCCUUCGCUGCGUGGAGCUGGUGCACGAGGAGCUUCAGAGGGUCAUCCAGCACUGUUCCACUUAUAAUACCAAGGAGCUGCUGCGCUUUCCCAAGCUACAUGAGGCCAUCGUGGAGGUCGUGACCGGGCUCCUGAGAAAGAGGUUACCCAUAACCAAUGAAAUGGUUCACAACCUCAUGGCAAUUGAGUUAGCCUACAUCAACACCAAGCACCCGGAUUUGGCCGACAUGACUUUUGUCUCUUCGUCCAUCAGCGGCAACAAGAGUGACGCCUACCAGGCAAACGGUGCUAGACGCUGGAAGAGCGACGGGGUCGGGGAUGACCCUGUUCCCAAGGAGAGGGAGAGCAUCAGAUCCCCGCCCCAGUCACGUGUCUCCCCUGUCCCCAGCCGGAUACGUGCCAUCAACUUCCUCGAUGUGCCUUUGCAUUCAGGUUGCAGAAAGCUGAGUCAAAGAGAGCAGCGAGACUGCGAGAUAAUCCGCAGACUUCUCCAGUCCUACUUCCUUAUCGUCCGGAAGAACAUCCAGGACAGUGUCCCUAAAACUGUCAUGCACUUCCUGGUGAACUAUGUCAAAGAGCACCUGCAGAGUGAACUGGUGGGACAGCUGUACAAGGCCCAGCUCCUGGAGGGGCUGCUGACUGAGUCCCAAAACAUGGCGCAACAGCGCAACGAGGCCGCUUCCAUGCUCAAGGCCCUCCGGCAGGCCAACCAGACCAUCUCGGAGAUCCGAGAGACUCAGCUCUGGUGAAUGGCACGCCCCGUGCCCGCUGCCCUCAGUCUGCCGUACCCUUGGGGGUAGAGCUGCCAGCUUAAGGUUUUGCCAACCUCACGCCACACUCGGCUGUUUCUCUCCUACCUGUCCGUUCUGUAUAUUUUCUUCAUGAUCCAGUUUAACAAUUGUUGUGACAGCCCAUUUGACACCAAGAAUCAAACUCUUAAAUGUUGUUCUGGCAGUAGAGACUAGAAAAUGAAGGUGUUCAUUCAAGGGAGUUAACAGAAAGGACCCAUUAAUGUAAAUAGCCAUCUUUCCCUUCUGUGUCCCACCCCUCAUUUUGGGCACAACUCCCUUUAUCUAACUACGUGCUAUGGUCCAGGCUUAGGGGUGCAGCUUUGGUCCAUUGAGCAGUGGGUGGUUUCUCUGUGUAUCUCUUCCUCCUGAAUGAUGAGAGUGUUAGAAGCAAGCAGGAUGGGCAUCAAGCAGCAGGCCAGCUGUAGCCCUAGAUGAAGGUCGGGAGAGUGCCACCAUGAAUAGCCCAAGCACCAGAAUACCACUGCCAGUUCUCCAAGAUCAGACCUAGGGUCCCCAGUGCAGGAAGGGAAAAUGAUAGUAAGUUUUUUGAUAAGGGCCUAGAGUUUUUACCUAAUAAAAACGUUCACGCAG